UAUGGAAUGAUCGUAAUGAAUUGAUAUCUAAUCGGUACUCUAAUCUCCAAUAAAAUUGGUUCAUUCAUAAAAUUAGUUUAGUGCAAGUGAUUGUUGAGAGUAUUGCUAAACCCACGAGGUUCCACUAUUCAUAUCAAAUAAAAACCCCCAAUACUUUUAAGUUUAACGUCGAUAGAGCUCAUGGCAAAAGGAAUGGUUUCUCAACUUGCAAUAUUGGUCGCAAUAAUUUGCAAAGUGCUAAAUUGUGGAGUUUAGUUCAUAUUAUGCUUACCACUAGUCAUCUCCAUCUUUUAAGUAUAAUUUUUUGAAACAAAUUAUAUAUUUAUUGCAAGUGUUGUCCCCAAUCGAUCUACAACUAUGUCUUAUCUCAAACUUUCCUCCUCUAACAAAUUUUUGUUAAUCCUGACUGUAAUUUUCUAUGUUACUUAUAUGAUAUUAGAUUGCAAUAGUGAUUCCACCUCGCCGCUUAGUUUGUUAACUUACCGCUCUUAGUAUAAAAAAUAAUAAAAAAAAAACCAAGAAAAAGUCAGUAACUGUGAUUAAGCUCAGAGAUAAUGGCAGAAUCGGCGGAGAUAAAGAGUAAGCAGCGAGACUUCCCUUUGGCAUGUGUCAAACAGCUCUCUUCAGCUUCUUCUUCUUCUGCUUCGCCGGGGAUUGUCCGCCUCACCACCAACGCUGUUCAAAUUCACCACGAUUCUCACCAGAUUGCUCUCCAUGUUAACCUUCCAGAUAUUCAGAUAUUCAGAUUAGGUCCUGUUCAAUCAGUUUGCAUAGUGGAAGGUUCUGAUGCUGGCAAACAGACAUCUUACUCCAGAGGAGUUGCUAUACAGUUUAGAAACGAGGAAGAGAGUGAGGCCUUCCAUUGUGUAUUCCAACAAUGGAAGAAGGAAUUCAAUGUUCAAGGAGGGAACAUAACGAAUGGAACUAAUGCAAUGACUUCCAAAAGCAAAUUUGAUGAAAAGAUAGAGCCAUCUUCUGCAAAAAUGUAUUUUCAUUAUUAUGGACAACUUCUUCAUCAGCAAAAUAUGUUGCAGGACUAUGUGAGGACAGGUACAUAUUAUGCUGCUGUUAUGGAGAACCGCACUGAUUUCUUUGGUCGUGUAGUAGUUGAUGUUGGCGCCGGCAGUGGUAUUUUGUCAUUAUUUGCUGCUCAGGCAGGUGCAAAACAUGUAUAUGCAAUAGAAGCAUCUGAAAUGGCAGAAUACGCACGCAAACUUAUAGCUGGGAACCCACUACUGGGUCAACGAAUUACCGUUAUCAAAGGAAGAGUUGAGGAUGUUGUAUUGCCAGAGAAAGCAGAUAUUCUGAUAUCUGAGCCCAUGGGCACCUUGUUAGUUAAUGAAAGAAUGCUGGAGUCUUAUGUUAUUGCCAGAGAUAGGUUUCUUACCCCUAAUGGCAAAAUGUUUCCUACAUCGGGAAGGAUUCAUAUGGCACCUUUCAGUGAUGAAUGUUUGUUUGUUGAAAUUGCUAGUAAGGGGCUGUUCUGGCAGCAACAAAACUAUUAUGGUGUUGAUUUGACGCCCUUACACGGGACUGCCUUUCAAGGAUACUUCUCUCAGCCUGUUGUGGAUGCUUUUGAUCCAAGGUUGUUAAUAUCUCCUUCUAUGUUCCAUGCGAUGGACUUUACCAAAAUAAAGGAAGAAGAGCUGUAUGAAAUCGACAUUCCUCUCAGAUUUAUAGCCAGUGUGGGUGCUAGAGUACAUGGUUUAGCAUGUUGGUUUGAUGUACUGUUCAAUGGAAGUUCUGUGCAAAGGUGGCUUACCACUGCCCCUGGUUCACCGGUAACUCAUUGGUAUCAGUUACGCUGUGUUCUCUUCCAACCUAUUUAUGUCAUGGCGGGGCAAGAAAUUACUGGCAGGCUGCACUUGAUUGCACACAGUGCACAGAGUUACACAAUCUAUUUAACCUUGUCAGCUAAAAUGUGGGGUCCUGGCGCUGAGCAAGGAGGGAUUCUUCAAACAUCAUCCUGUAAACUUGAUCUGAAAGAACCAUACUAUAGAAUGUCUCAACCUCAAGCUUAUCCGUCAACCCAAGAUCAUCAACCUCAACCAUUUUUAUCGGCACAGGAUGUAAAGAACCAAUCUCAAGAUUUGGAUGACACCGAGAUAAUGCAACAGCCUUCACCUUAUUCACAUGCUGAGAUUGACUCGUAUAUGCAGAAUGCAUAAGUUGAUGAAUACUACUAACCCGUGUUCUGUUUGUAACAUGAAUCAGCUAGUUAGGGGAACGUGUCCGUCUUUAUUUGGACAUACCCCUUGCCUGUAAAUUCUUCAAAACUGCAUCUGUUGUGUGUUGUGAGUGUUUGUGAUGCUGAUUUUGUAUUUGAUUGCAUCAUAUUUAACCAGUAAUAUGUUGAAUAUUUAUGGCUGGAGAAA